AGGCGGAAAAAGGCUUCAAGUGACUGGCAGCUAUUUGGUCCAACCUUCAAAAGAAGCCGGCUCUUCUUUCCAAGCUUGUUUUUGUUAAGUAUAUUUGUUGCGGGGAUUUACAUGCUAUAAAUACAUAUGGCUGCCAAAGGGAUGAACCUGUGCAGUGUGUGCUGCUUGAUUCUCUGGGCUAUGACGGCGGUGUUCGCCGGGCGAGACUUUUACAACAUAUUGGGUGUGAGCAAGAGCGCGUCGAUCAGGGACAUCAAGAAAGCGUACAGGAAGCUUGCUCUCCAGUUACAUCCCGAUAGGAACCAAGACGACCCCAAAGCUCAAGAUAAAUUCGCCGACUUGGGUGCAGCUUAUGAGGUUCUGUCAGAUGAAGAGAAGAGGAAACAGUAUGAUGCGUAUGGCGAGGACGGUCUGAAGGAAGGACACCACAGCUCACACAAUGACAUCUUCUCCAGUUUCUUUGGCGACUUCGGUUUCAUGUUCGGCGGAAACCGGCAACAACAAGACCGAAACAUCCCCAGAGGGAACGACAUCAUCCUCGACCUGGAAGUCACGCUGGAAGAGGUCUACUCAGGGAACUUUGUGGAGGUGGUGCGUAACAAGCCCAUAGCCAAAGAAGCUCCUGGCAAGAGGAAGUGCAACUGUCGACAGGAAAUGAGGACCACACAGCUCGGACCGGGUCGCUUCCAGAUGACCCAAGAGAUGGUGUGUGACGAGUGUCCCAAUGUGAAGCUGGUGAACGAGGAGAGAACCUUGGAGGUGGAAAUCGAACAAGGGGUGAGAGAUGAGAUGGAGUACCCAUUCAUCGGAGAAGGAGAACCUCACGUCGACGGAGAACCUGGAGAUCUGCGCUUCCGCAUCAAAGUGCUAAAACACCAAGUGUUUGAGCGUAGAGGAGAUGACCUCUACACCAAUGUCACCAUCUCCCUGGUGGAGGCCAUGGUGGGCUUUGAGAUGGACAUUGUCCACUUGGAUGGACACAAGGUGCAUAUCAUGCGGGACAAGGUGACCAAGCCCGGUGCCAGGAUGUGGAAGAAAGGCGAGGGCCUGCCCAACUUCGACAACAUCAACAUCCGAGGCUCCCUCAUCAUCACCUUUGACGUGGAGUUCCCUCAGACGCAGCUGGACGAGAAGCAGAAAAAGGGUAUAAGAGAUCUCCUGAAGCAAGGCUCUGUACAGAAGGUGUACAAUGGACUCCAAGGAUACUAGCAUCUCUGGUAGUGCUGCUCCGACUGACUUGUACAAGAAACGACACAAAGGAGGACCGGCGUCAUCUCUCCAGGCCACUUCUAUUUAUGCUUUCCAAACUCAGGAUAACUUGGAUCCUUUUGUUUUUAUAUUUUCUUUUUUUUUUUUUUUUAACCACAUCCUUUGAAAGUUAAAGGUUCCAUAAAUAGGCUGUGUGAGAGAAAUGCUGAUUUGGUUGUCCAUCGCCACACCACACAAAAAUGUCUAAAUGAAGUCCAAAUAUCAAUACUACACUAGCAUUGGCAACAGUCAAAGGGUGCUGUUCAGCCUCAGGCAGCAUUACUAUUGGAUUAAAUGUAGGUGUUGUUUCAUGUCUACAUGUGUACAACAAAAAGUUAUACACAUGUAGCUAUGAAAAUAAUUGAUUUAUAAUUACUAAAUCCAGAGAUUUAUUUGCCGCAGUCAGGCCCAGAACCAAUUAACAGCAAUAAAGGAUGGUUUACCGUAAAUGGACUGAGUCGAGGGAUAUUUAAAAAUAAUUAGUCGCCCCCUGUUGGCUGUCAAUUAGAAUGCAGGUUUUAGAGCACCUGUGUCAAACUCGAGGACUGGGGGCCAGUAAAGUGCGUUAAUAAAAUACUUCAUUUUUUUUUUUUUACUAAAUGAAAAUACCUAUUUUGAUUUUGACAGAAAAAAUGUGUAUCUUUUAAACAUUAUCUAAUCAUGCCAAAUAUUGCAUAUAGUGUAUUACAAAAAUAUGUUAGUAAAGAUAAAAAUAAACAGUACUAUGGCAUCCUUGUCACCAUUACGUAUGAUUUGUAUGUGAACAUAUGUAAUAUGAGGGGAUUACUGGUACACAUCAAUGCUGUCAAAUUGUUUUUUUUUUUUUUAUUACGUCAUUUUAAUUAAUAAAAAAAAGCGGCCCAAUGAAGGUAGCCAUUACUGCGAUAUGGCCCUCAAUUAAAUAAGAGUUUGACACCCCUGUUUUAAAGGCAUUGUCAAGUCCCCGUCGCCACCUUUGACGUGGUCUUUUGUUGACCACUAAGAAAUCUACAGUAAAAUACUGUAAUAUAAAAGCACUAACAUGAAAUAUUUCCCUGUUUAUAAAUGACCCUAAUUCUACAGGAAUGUUUUAUUUUGAAGGAAGGCUUUACACUUCCUACUGUGCCUCUUUUUACUGACCCCCUUUUUCUGGUCUUGACAUUAAAAAAAGACAUUAAAUAUCAAAUGUUUCCUAAAAAAAUGUGCUUAUAGGAUAAAAGUCCCUUCUUUUGUGUCGUAUGUAUAAACACUGCUCCCUUAUUUGUAUGAUAUUGCAACAGCCAUUAAUGUGAAUCUCUUUUUUAUUUUUUUUGGGUUUGGAAGGAAAAAAAUAAAAGAUUUCUACCUAUUGUA